AUGUCUCCCUGUGUGGCUCCCUAUGUUUCUGCUGCUGGCUCGUCUCGUGAGGUGUGGACCAUUCUCGAGCGUAUGUUUGCUAAUCAGUCUCGUCAGCGUGCCAUGAAUCUCAAGGAGAAACUUGGUCGCGAGAAGAAGGAAACUCGACCAGUUUCCCUCUGUCUCGAGGCUCAACGUUCAAUCGCUGCCAAACUUUCCCUCAUCAAUGCACCUAUUUCAGAUGAGGAUCUCACUCUGCACUUUUUUCGCCAAUCUCUCUACUGCGCUCCAUGCAUGUGA